AUGGAUGUAAAACACUACUUGUUCGUAAUAAUCGUUUAUUUUGCAUUAUUAUUCAGUGGCUGCAAUGGUGUAAAUAUUAACCGAGGAAAUUAUGUUUAUAGAGCUAACACGCCGAAAGGGAUGCUAUCUAUGAUUUCGAUUAACUUGGAUACAGGAAUUCAAUCAUGCCCUUGUCGUAUAUAUAAUUAUUGUUUUAGUAUGUUUGCUUAUAAAUCAUUUGUUUUUUUUCUAGCAAUUUUUGGUGUUGUAUUAAUUAUAUCAACAAUGAUUGCCGUUCAGCGAGUUACAAAAAUCCCAGUAAAACGCCCAACAAAAAAAUAA